AUGUUCAGAAGCAAGUCGGGAAAGGCCAAGCAGAAGCAGAAGCAGAAGCAGAAGCAGAAGCAGAAGCAGAAGCAGAAACAGUCGCCAUCUUCAAUUUCCUCCGCAGGUGUUCACAGUGGCACAAUGAGUUCGUCCACGCAUACCUUGACAACCCAAACUUCAAUCGACUCGAUUCCGUCGGUUGUGACUCCCGAGUCAAAGCCGGAGGCUCCAGUUUUAUCUGAUCCUGAAACAAGUCCCCCGCGGCCCAAUCCCACCGAGCCUAAGCCGGGAACCCCGGUUGUAUCUGACCCCGAAAAAGCCCCAUCGCGGCCGGGUCCUGCCCAGCCUAUCACUGGGCCUCCAAAGCCAUCUGCAAUUGCGCCUUUCAAUCCAUUUACUUCACCCAAUUCUCCCGUGAAGCCUCCUUCUGUUAUCUCUGCUGCUUCUGCUCCUGUUCCUGCUCGACCCGUUUCCGCUCGCCGCCCAACAGUCGAGUCUGCUGUCCCAAGCAAAUCCGAGACCCCCGUUUCGAGCACACCCGCAGCUGAUAUUCCCACUCCGUCUAUUAGCAUUCCCUCCGAGUCUCGUCCCGUUGGCGGCCGCCGCGGCAAGUCGGACGAUGACACCAAUGGCGCCACUCGAGGCGGCGCGCUCGUUCACGGUGGAGAGGGUACCAUCUCCAGCGCUGGCCUUCAGAUGCCCGGCAAGUUGCUCAACGAUCCGGAUGAGAAAGGCGCCUUGAAGAUCAAGGUUCACCUUAACCUUCAUGCCAAGGUCCGCCUUGACUUAGACGCUCAAAUCUAUGGCGAUGUGGUUAUCGGACUUCUGUGA